CACGCCCUCUCCGCUGUUUGAGUCCAGAAGACGUCGGCGCAGCUCAGAGCCGCAKAGCAGACGUUAUUGUUCAUCUCAUCUGAAGGCUGUAGCGUUUUCUAAUAUGGUUUGUGGCGGUUUCACCUGUUCGAAAAACGCCCUCUGCUCCCUGAAUGUUGUUUACAUGCUGGUUGGGCUGCUGCUCAUCGGAGUGGCAGUCUGGGGGAAAGGCUUCGGCUUGGUGUCCAGCAUCCACAUCAUCGGCGGCGUCAUAGCGGUGGGCGUCUUCCUGCUGCUCAUCGCCAUCGUCGGCCUCGUCGGAGCCAUUCACCACCACCAAGUCAUGCUUUUCUUUUACAUGGUCAUCCUCUUCAUCGUCUUCCUCUUCCAGUUUGGAGUUUCCUGUUCCUGCUUGGCGAUGAACCGCGGACAGCAGGUGGUUCUUCUGAACUCCACCUGGGGGAUGUUGGACAAUAAAACCAAGGAAAACCUGGAGGACCAACUGGACUGCUGCGGCCUGCUGAACGUCUCCAACAGCCACAUACAGUUUGAAGAGGACGUGAAAAACUGCCAAGCUCCAUGCAAAGCCGAAGGAACCUGUCCGACCUGCGGGGAUAAGAUGCUGAAUCAUGCAGCAGAAGCUCUGAAGAUCCUCGGGGGCGUCGGACUUUUCUUCAGCUUCUCAGAGAUCCUCGGCGUGUGGCUCGCCGUGCGCUACCGGAACCAGAAGGAUCCUCGAGCAAACCCGAGUGCUUUCCUAUAGUCUGCCCCUCGAGUCCCGCAGCAGACACUUGUUUUUCCUGCAGACACACUGGUAGAACACACACACACACACACACACACACACACACAGAGAGAAUGGACGAGUGCACAACCACAACAACCCACUCAGAACUGGAUACUCGUGCAUGAACGGAUGACUGGUAACACUGGUGAGUCUUACUGGUUCAGCCUUGAUUUGAGUCCCAGAGGUCCUGCAUGUCCCCUCCCCCCCCCAAAAAAAAAAAAAACCUCAACCAACACACACACACACACACACACCGACUCCAUCACUAAUAGCCUGUAUGCACCUUGAAACGUUCCUCCUGUCUCUAGCGUAGUAACGGCUAACGUUCCCCUCUGUCGGCGAAAUGCGCCAAACGAUGCGACGGGAAAACGAGGCGUUGAAGCGGUGAUGUAAAGUAGUGUAAUUAUUUUACUCCCCAAACGCGUCGGCGGGGAGCCUAGGAGGUAGAUUUUUAGGUAGCAGUUGCUCGUCCCUUGGGUUCGUUUCAGAUGUUUGUGAACUGUAACUGAGCCAGCUAACUUUCAGUCAGCGACAUGCCACAGACUGCAGCCUUCAUGUUGUACAUAUAUUCUUAUUUAAGAUACUGAAACGCUCGGUGGAUCGGCAGAAGUAGUCGUGUGUUUGAGCAGCAGAUCCUGCAACCGUAGGAAAUCACAGCGAAAACAGAUUCACGUCGUUUAUUUCAGGAAAAUAAAAAUAAGAUAUUUUAGCCAAAGUGGCUGUUUUUCUAUGGAGAGUGAAGAGUGCCAAAUUACAAUGAAUAAAUAAUUUUUUUUAUUAUUGUUAUAAACAACUAAAUUAUUAUUGACAUUAUUUUUAAUGACAAUAUUAACAGAUGUGACAAAGUGCUGAUAAAAUCAAAGAACAUUCAAAAUAUGGGAAGGAGAAAAGACAUCAAAACGCUAAAACGGAAAUGAGUAACGGCAAAAAUAUCAACAGCAAUAAUGGUAUUAACAAUACUGCUGUUGCUAACAGCAAUCAUAAAUGUUAUUGCUAUAACAGUAAUUUUUAUUAAUAAUAAAUGGAAAUAAUUAUUACAUUUUUUUCAUUUUUUAAAAUUGAAAAUAAAUACAGGAAUGUAUUAAAUAUAGAAUUGAUUAUAUGUGCCACAAUUAAUUGUAUUGAUUUUAUUUUAAAACCAUACAUAAUUAUGUCAUGUUCUGCUGCUGAUCAUGAUUUAAUUUAAACUGUAAAUUUCAUUAAACUCAGUGGGYGGGAUUAGUGUAAACCCUGGCGUCUGAUUGGCUAAGUGCUCCAGACAACUUCUUCAAGGUUUACUGUCAUUCUGGGUCAAUAUUGUCAAUGGAAAGUGAAUAAAUAACUUCAAUAAAUUAUUUACUAAAAACUUCCAUCUCCAGCCUUUCUAUCUCUCAUUUGGUCUGAAAUAAGUUAAAAGAGAGCGCUAGCUGGUGUUAGUGGUGCUAACGUGUGUAGCAGCGUCACAGUUAGAGUUUUGGUGAAAUUAUUAGCGAUAUUUCAGCCCAAACUAGAAAUAUAGAUGCAGGAGUUGKUCACCCACAGUUUGUAGUAAAUAAAUUACAACAAUUUAUUGAAAUKAUUUCUACAUUUCCAGUGUAAWUAUUGACUCAAAGUGAAAACAAACUUACAGGAAGUUGUCUUAACUGGCUGGUUGAAGCAGCCAAUCAGGUGCCAGGGUCUCAYCUAAUYMCGCCCACUGAGUUUUACUGGUGAAAUUAAUUUAAAAUGAUUUAAAAUCGAUGACACAAUUCUGUGUUUAUGCCCAGUUUUAAGACUAGUGACAAAUUUAAAUAUUUAUUUCACACUUUAUUAUAAUUUGGCACUCUUCACUCUCCAUAUUUUACAAAUCUUUUUCUUUUAUUGUGUUAAUUGUGAUAAUGUGCUCCUUGUUGCUAUUUUAAAACCCUCAAAAACAACUGAUGUUUUCUUUUCUGUUGCCAUCAGUCUUUGUAUUCAUCAGUGUUAAAUGCUUUGUAAAAAUAUACRAAUAAUGCCUGUUGGAUAUUUUUAGAAUCUAUUUAAGUUUAGUGCACAUUAAGCAGAUGUUGUUAUAAUUUUCCUCGGUGUGUGACAUUUCCUGCUCUUGUGUUUUUAUUAUUAUUAUUAAUUUUAACUUAAAGGACUAAUGCGAGCUGUAAUGAAAUGUCUUACUUGAACCUGUCAUCUUUGCUGAUGUGGAUUUCUUGCUGCUGAUUUGGACUUGGUGUAAAUGUUAUGACAGACCCUAAUGCCAUAUAUUACAURUAUCCACUUUGAAUUUCUGUGCACUUGUUAUUGAAAUGUAUGAAUUUUUGAGACUUAAUUUUCCAAAUAAUAAAACUUUAAACUGGAAA